AAGCGUCGAAAGUCCUGGAAAAUGCCUAUGGAAUGAAAUCUAAAUGUUGUAUGGGAACAGACAUUAUUGACAGGGAAAGCUGCUUCCGCUGGUCUUCUAUUUGACACAUUUGGGAACUCUCUUUUCUUUUAUUCUUUCUAAGACAACGCCUUCUUCCGUCCCCAUCGAAACUUGACAAGGAAAAGUCACCUGGGACAACCCAGCUGGGCAGGGAAGAAAGGAAUGGUCUCAAUGGAAGUUGUAUCACAACGCUGAUUAGACUACAACAAUAUUUUCACAACUUAUCAUGUACGUCAGUAUUGAUUAAAUGUUCGUUAUUGAAUAUAGCCUACUGUCUUGAGACUGAUCAAGGGUAAAAUCGUCUCAUAGUUCCGGGUUUGUGGAAAGUAUUCCCGAGUAUUGUAAUAACUUGAGAAACAUGGACAGCAUCGAGUUACAGCCGGUUCAAUGCCCUGUAAGCCUUGAUAACAACAAUCACCAUGCUGAAAAUACCUCUAAGCAACAGAUGACUUCAGGUAAUAGACUUAUGCUGACCACCAAUGACGCAGCAGAGGAAGGAAACCUGCUUUCUCCUGAACAGGUUCCUGUCGAUAAUGGCGGGCAUCAUCGGAUUGAUGGACAAGAGGUCAACCAAGAGUCGAUUCUCAACGUACAGAACAGCAUCGCCAGCAAAGAAAUGACCUGCAUGGUGCACAGAAGACGGUGGAUGAUCCUCAUCUUCCUCAUCUUCCUCAUCCUGCUGGUGAUUGGAGUCUCCUUCGCUGUGUGUUUAGGAAUCCAUGAUGACAUAGACGAGAAGUACGAUCCAGCGUUGUUUGAGCUGCCGCGAUGUUUCAACGGAAGCUUCAGACUGACCAAUCAGAUAUUCAUACCAGAUCUGCUAUCCCCAGCGUCCAAUCAGAGUAAGGCCCUGUCCAGCCAACUGCAAGAGAAGUUGUCUGACCUCUACUAGUAACACAGUUCAUCUCCGUCCCUGGGUCGCUACUUCUCCAGUGUUGAAAUCUCUGACUUCAGAAACGGCUCUGUGCAAGCUGACUACCGGCUGAGGUUCCUGAUGCCCCUGAAUGACACUGAGUUGGAGCAGUUCACUCUGAGCAGAGAGAUGGUGUAUAAUGUCUUCAGACAGUCUCUCUAUGACCAAGACCCUGAGCUCAACCACCCACUGUAUAUACACCCAGCUUCACUGGACAUGCAGGUUGGCUCAGUGACUAGUGAGAGCAGAAGUGGUGUGCUGUAUUGGUGACGACUACGCAAUACUCUGGGGAGUUUCCCAGCAAAGAGAUUUGAGCAGAUCAAGAGACCCACCUGAUUGAGUGGAAUAUCUGACGGAUACGUAGAACCCAUGGACCAACCCAGACACACACACAAUGAAACCCUGUGAAACUGGAUCACUACUGCUGUGUCAGUGGCAUGUACAACCUGACAGACUGUAUGACAAAUAGACAUUGAUGAGACUUUUCUGCAUAUUCCAAUCAUUCCAUCUAUCUCAAGUAGCCAAGAGAAUGGAAAGGCCUAAGUGUACUUUUGUAAUGAGGAUAAUGGGGUGUUGACAUUAAGUGUUUGUCUGACGGUGUAUUAUUAUUUUUGCAUGUUAAGUGUCAAAGUGGAUUAACAAUGUCUGUGGCCAAGCCAGAUGUUUUUAUCCAAGAUGUUUUUAUCCAAGAUGUUUCUUUCCAAGAUGUUUUUAUCCAAGAUGUUUUUAUCCAAGAUGUUUUUAUCCAAGAUGUUUCUUUCCAAGAUGUUUUUAUCCAAGAUGUUUUUAUCCAAGAUGUUUUUAUCCAAGAUGUUUUUAUCCAAGAUGUUUUUAUCCAAGAUGUUUUUAUCCAAGAUGUUUCUUUCCAAGAUGUUUUUAUCCAAGAUGUUUUUAUCCAAGAUGUUUCUUUCCAAGAUGUUUAUAUGACUUCCUGAUACCUACUCUAUAGUCUACAUAUCAUGUCUGAGAGGACUAACUAUUCCAAUUUGAGGCAUUGCUUCAAUCUCUAUAUUCUUUCACAUUUUACAUGAAUUGAUUGGAAACUGUAUUUUGUAAUUUUGUGAAAUAAAUGUUUUAUCUUUUAUUGUA